ACAGUUAUGUUUGGAUAAGAGAAAAAGAAGAAAGAUAAGACACAGAAACAAAUAUACAACACCACCAUUGAAGUAGAACAAGUAUCUAACCUAACCUUCAAUGGCUACUCUCCAACUCACUCACUCUUCCAAACCUUCCUUAACUUCCCUCUUCUCCCUUUCUCCACCCCAUUUUCCAUCUUCUUCUCAAUCUCCUUCUCGCUUCAUUCCUCCUAAAGCUUCCUCUUCUUCUUCUUCUUCUUCCCUCUGUCGUAGACAAUUCAUUGCCGAAACAGCUGCCGUUUCUCUGUCUUUGGCGGUGCCAUUUCUUGGAUCUGUACAACCGGCUAAGUCUGAAGAAUCGCUUUCCGAAUGGGAAAGAGUUUUCCUUCCCAUUGACCCUGGCGUUGUUCUUCUCGAUAUCUCUUUUGUGCCCGAUGAACCCAACCACGGUUUUCUUUUGGGGACUAGGCAAACACUUUUGGAGACGAAAGACGGGGGAAACACUUGGGCUCCACGCUCAAUUGCCUCAGCUGAAGAUGAAGAUUUCAAUUAUAGGUUUAAUGCUAUUAGCUUUAAAGGGAAAGAGGGAUGGAUUGUUGGGAAGCCUGCAAUACUGUUGCAUACUUCUGAUGCUGGAGACACUUGGGAAAGAAUACCACUUAGCGCCCAAUUACCUGGAGAUAUGGUGUACAUAAAGGCAACUGGUGAAAAGAGUGCAGAGAUGGUGACUGAUCAAGGUGCAAUAUAUGUUACAUCGAAUAAGGGCUAUAAUUGGAAGGCUGCCGUUCAGGAAACAGUUUCUGCUACUUUAAAUAGAACAGUUUCUAGUGGCAUUAGUGGGGCAAGUUAUUACACAGGAACUUUUAACACUGUUAACCGCUCACCAGAGGGAAAGUACGUUGCUGUAUCAAGCCGUGGUAACUUUUACUUGACUUGGGAACCUGGGCAGCCAUACUGGCAGCCACAUAACAGAUCAAUUGCAAGAAGAAUCCAAAACAUGGGUUGGAGAGCUGAUGGUGGUCUUUGGCUUCUUGUUCGUGGAGGAGGACUAUUUCUCAGCAAAGGUACAGGGUUAUCGGAGGAGUUUGAAGAAGUACCUGUGCAAAGCCGUGGUUUUGGCAUUUUGGAUGUUGGCUACCGUUCACAGGAGGAAGCUUGGGCAGCUGGGGGAAGUGGGGUACUAUUGAGAACCACCAAUGGUGGCAAGACAUGGAUACGGGACAAAGCAGCUGAUAACAUUGCUGCAAAUCUAUACUCAGUAAAGUUUCUGGAUGAAAAGAAAGGAUUUGUGCUGGGUAAUGAUGGAGUGUUGCUACGAUAUCUGGGAUAAAGUUGUAAUUAACACACGGUAAUAAUCUUUCCUUUUUAUAAAUUAAAGUACACCUUUCGGCUAUUUAUUUUUGUUCAUCAUAUCUAGUGUGGUGUCACCUUAUAUUUUAAUUAUGCACAACCAACAAUACUCUGUCUUCACUUGAUUGUGUUUAAGCUAAUCAAAUAAACCCCCCAAAACUUUAAUUAUAUUAACACUUGGCAAAAUCUGUGCAGGUUUGGAGUAAUGCUUGCAAUUUUGUAUGGUUGAAUUUUACCAAUUAUGAUUAUAUAUUGCUUGGUUCUUGGUUGUGUUGUGAAUCAAAAUAUGAUUAUGAGGCAAAAUCUCAUCUGUUUAAUAAUAAUAUAAUGUAAUUUCACUGUAAAGAAUAUCACUGCUACUUCACCAUAAUAUUGUUUAAAUAUAAUAUUGUUUUGGGACUGUUAACUUACCAAA